UCCCUGAUCCUCCAUCAUCUGCAGGGAGGGAAAAGCACCAACACCGCCCCCCCUCACACACACCCGGCGCUGACAGCGAGCGGAAGGCUGCAGUCGGCUUCACUCGGACGCAGACAAAAGGACUAGAACCCGCAACCAUGGAGGAGAACAUGGACGAAUCCCAGAGCCAGAAAGGCUGUAAGGAGUGCUGCGAGCGAUGCGUGGGCAGCCUCCCCUGGGCGUCUCUCAUCGCCACCAUCCUCCUCUACAUGGGCGUGGCCUUGUUCUGUGGGUGUGGCCACGAAGCCCUGAGCGGCACCGUCAACAUCCUCCAGAGCUACUUUGACGUCGCCCCGGCCGCUGGAGACUCGGUGGACGUCUUCACCAUCAUCAACAUCCUGAAGUACAUCAUUUACGGUCUGGCCGCCGGCUUCUUCGUGUUCGGCGUGCUGCUUCUGGUGGAGGGCUUCUUCACCACCGGCGCCAUCCGGGAUCUGUACGGCGAGUUCAAGAUCACCGCCUGCGGACGCUGCCUGACCGCAUUCCUGAUGUUCCUGGCCUACCUGUUCUUCCUGGUGUGGCUGGGCGUGACGGCCUUCACCAGCCUGCCGGUCUUCAUGUACUUCAACGUUUGGUCCAUGUGUCAGAACACCAGCUUGGUGGACAAAGCCAACCUCUGCCUGGACCUGCGUCAGUUCGGGGCGGUGACCAUCUCUGAGGACAGGAAGCUGUGCACGGCGUCCGAGAGGUUUGUCAAGAUGUGCGAAUCCAACGAGCUUGACUUGACCUUCCACCUGUUUGUGUGCGCUCUGGCGGGGGCGGGGGCCGCAGUCAUCGCCAUGGUCCACUUCCUGAUGGCUCUGGCCGCCAACUGGGGCUACCUGAAGGACGCCAGCCGGCUGCAGAAGUACGAGGACAUCAAGUCCAAAGAGGAGCAGGAGCUGCAUGACAUCCACUCCACGCGCUCCAAAGAACGGCUGAACGCCUACACAUAGACACGCCGCCGCCAGAAGAGACACACGCUUACCGUCACACACACACACACACACACACACACACACACACACACAUGAGAAGGAGGAAGAUGGAGGAUGAAGGCACAGACACCUCCGUCAUCCUCGUGUCUGCAGCGGAUUCUGCUCCACAACCACCAGAACCGGCUUCCAGAAACCCAAAAGCGAUUAGAAGAACCGAAUCAAAACCCAAAGAAAAGUCCUAUUUUUGUAAGAAGAGUCCACGGCAGACGGGGGAUGAGGGCGUGUCUGUGAGGUCAUCAUGUGGGGGGUGGGUCAGGUCACACACACACACACACGCGUCGAUGUGAUGGAUGGUUGGUGUCGUGCGGCGCUCUUGUCGGUUCUGUCAUGCUGUUCGUGUCGUUUCAACACUUUGAUGGCUGCUGUCCCUGAGGAAGUGCCCCCCUCCUUCUCUUUACCCCCCUCCCUGCCUUUUUUCAUUAGUGGUCUGCCCCAGCCUCAGUAGGGACAGCUGACCCCCCCGGUUGUAUAAAGGUGUGAUUGGUUCUCAGAAGCAGCACAAAGUUUUCACCUUUUGAGGUUUUUCAACCACAUUUCUGUGUCGUUUUCUCACCGCGGGGCUUUAGGGGGCGGGGCUUACAGUCCACGCGGUCACGUGACCAAAUCCCUUUUUCAUCCCAGAACUUCUUUUGUUUUUAUCCAAACUGAAAGUGACCAAAAGUUUCAGCAGGAAUCUGAGGAAGAGGCGAAAGCGGGUCAGAAGGUUCUGCACGGUCCGGGUCAGCGCAGGUUCUUCUGGGCUGGAUCCCUUUGGACCGUGAACCAGAACCAGAACCAGAAGGUUCUCGGAUAGUGAGGCCAGCAGCUCCGUGUUUGGAGGGUCAGAACCUCCAGGUGGGUUCUGGUGAUCCGGGUUUUUGCUAGCUCGCCGUAAAGACGUCAGUUUGAACAGAAGAGACUACCAGCACACACACACACACACAUGCACACGCACACACACUCCAGCACCACCGUCACUCUGAGCCAUAACUCUUUGAUCUUUUCUUUCCACCGAUGACAUCUCACUAUUUUAUUAUCAACUUUUAAUCUUUGAGACUUUUUAAAUGUGAAAUUAUUUAUUUAGAAGAAGAAACGUGUUUUUUGUCUGUCGUGGGCAGUUUCACACGCUGCACCUGCAUCAGCUGUAUAAAGAUAUACAUAUAUGUGAACAGGUGAGGCAGCAGCCGGGGGAGGAGUCUGCAGGGGGCGGAGCCUUCACGUCCCGCUCAGGUGUGCUCAAACACACGAGCCGCUCGGACAGCAAACUAAAAGUCUUUUCAACAAGCGAAGGGAAGUGAAGUCCAAACAUUUCCGGUUUUGCUAGAACCUUUGGUUCUGAACUAUUUAUGUUUCCGCUCAAAGUAAAGAAAUUUGCAGUAAACGUACCGCGGCGCAAACGGCGUUUAGAGUCAUGUGCACAGCGCCACUAACACAAACGAACCAGUUUGACCCGAAAUCCCACCGGGGUGUUUUUACAUCACCGGCCUGCUAGGGGGCGCCGUUGGCCGCCUGAAGGACCCUCUGGGAAGAGGCGGAGCUUCCAUUCGACCAACAUGCAGGACAAUGUGAAAGUUGGAGGGGGGGCGGGGCCAAGCCGGGGCAGAUCAGGAUCAAACUGGAUCCUGGAAAAGCAGGAAAAAUCAGAAAAUUUGAGAAAAAGAGAAAAGUUUGUAGAAACGUCAGUGAGGGGGCGUGGCCAAACGCCGCCGUCCCCUGCAGACUCGUGUUGCGUUCAGGUGCAUCCCGGCUGCUCACCGUCAGUAUUUUUAAGGGUCUAGUUUUACAGUAACAGUAUUCUAUCAUGUCAUUGCCUGACAAUGGAUGUCUGUCAGUGUUUUUAACCUCAGAUAAAAGAAAAAAAUAGUUUUUGUGCACUUAUUGACCAUUGUGAGCGCUCUCUCUCUCUCUUAUUCUUGGUGUGUAAGUGCAUUGGACCCCCCCGUGGGGGGGGGCCUGUGUAUAGUCUUGCAGCAUUGGUUCUAACCUGAGAUCAUGAAAAGUUCCUAAUACUGAAGAAGAACCGUGAAUAUCGUUGUUGUUUGUGGCAUGGUUAUGCAUUCAAUGGUCAUAAUCCUAAAGAGUCAAACCAACCCCCCCCACACCCCCCACUGGCGCUGUUCUGCUGUUUAACCCCCCCCCUCAGUGUGCAGUAUCGCGGUUCCUGUUGCUAACGUGUUGCUAAGCUCUUUGCUUGCUCAGUGGAACCAGAGCAAACCGUUAAGGCAGGAAUCUGCCCCCCCCCCCCCCCUUAAAUGCAUGAGUUUCUGCCUGCAAGGCGACGUGGUUCUGUCACCUGGACUCUCGGCGGCGGACGGUGGGCGUGGCUUUAAUGUAUUGCUCUGGCCAACCUUUGUCCUGUCUGCUCACCCCCCCCCUCUGCUGAGGCUUCCUGUCGCCUAGCAACCGUCUGACUACGGGCGGCAGAGGUGGCCCUGGGGGCCACUGCAGGCCCUCAGAACCAGCGGCAGAUCCACCAUCCGGGCCGGGGGCGUGAGCGGCUCGCCUUCCGUGUGUCUGAGUCCCGCGUCCCCUCACGUCUCCCGUAAGGUUCGUGCCCCCCCCGCGUCCUCUCUGUCUUCCUGCUGAACAUGGGCUGAACCAUUCCAGGACCCGCCUCCUGAUCCUGUCAGCGAGACACCCCCAACCAUCUGUGAAGGGGCGGCCCCCUGGGCGCUCAGCCGGGACCCGCUGCUUCAGAACCAGGCUCGGGCCGGGUCAGCCCCGACACGCAGGACGUCAGAACCCCCCCCAUAGUGUUCUAGUUCUGUCCACUCGUGAGCUUCGUAGCGGCGCUGUCUGAGUCCCUCCUCCAUCUCUGUACAUAUCUGUGCCAACAGCUCGGGCAGACAGUGGCUUUUUUAUUUGUAAAAACAUCAACUUGCUUGCAAAUAUAAAUAAAAUGAAAUAAAACACUUGUGUACUUGUUAAUAAGGGAA